AUUUCACUUAAAUAGCUUUGAAAAUAUGUCAAUCAAUUAAAACAAAAAAAACUUCACUAAAACUUAAUCAAUUCUAGUUAUGGUCGAUUAUUCAGUCUGUUAUAUUAUGGAUAAUUUCGUAUUUUCUGUAAUUUCAAGCUUAGCUAAUUUUGCUUAUUACCAUCCAAUUGUGACACUUAUUUUAAGUAUCGCCAUAACUGUCACAAUGGGACAUGCAUAUUUGUCCAAACUUGUAUGCGUUACUCAGCUCGAAUAUGAUUAUGGAUCAGAAAGAGGACCUCAUUCCUGGGAAAUCACCGGACCAAAUCAAUCACCCAUCGAUAUCGAUACAAGUCAAGUUGAAUUAAGAAUAAUACGUGAACAAUUGAUGUGGAAUCAUUACAAUGACAUUCCAGCUAAGGUUACAAUUGAAAACAAUGGAAAAAUUGUGAUAUUAAAAGCACAAUAUGGAGCAAACGUACCAACUAUUAGUGGUGCUGAACUUUUUCAUUGCUACAGCUUCGAUUCGCUUUGUUUUCAUUGGAGUUUUUCAAAUGCUGAAGGAUCAGAACAUACCAUUGACAAUCGCAAAUAUGCCAUGGAAAUACAAGCAAUUCAUAAGACGGAGCCUGUAUUGCCGUGUUUGAAUACUUGUCAAAGCCUCAUCAUUGCUUAUGUAUUUCAGAUCUCAAGCUAUAAUCCAUUUUUUGAUCCGAUAAUUCAUAAUCUUCAUCUUAUAACAAAGCCCGGAACCAGUGUUGAAAUUCCUCCAUUUCCUUUAGCUUGGCUUUGUUAUCCAUUCAAGUCGGGAUUUUAUAGUUAUGGUGGAUCAAAUACAAGCCCGCCUUGUGAAGAAGGUGUUGAAUGGUUUAUCAAUCCAGAGACAAUGACAAUUGCCGAAAGCCAACUUUUAGAAUUUAGAUCUCUUCUUUCAUCGGACGGUACUUCGAAAAUUAUUAGAAAUUCAAGACCAGUUCAAUGUUUGAAUACUAAUCGCACCGUAAACUUUAAUAGAUAUGAAAGAGGCGUUUGUGCUUCGUCGUGUAAUUUACAACCGGAAAACCAAAUAUCAACUAUUUACGACAGUGACGAAAAUUAAUAUUGGUAAUUGUCAUCUUGGAAUUGUACCAUAUACCAAUUUUAUAUUGCUUGUGUUUUUUUGUAUGAUUUUAUUUAAAAUGUAUAAAUAAAUAUUUAAUUGCCAUUAUAAAUAAAUUACGAUUGCCUUAAUUGGCACUGUUAAGUGA